AAUCACAGGUUAGUCAAUGUCGGUUGCAGUUUAGGGCAGCAGACAGUCAGAGGUGGUAGAUCCUGUGAGCAGGGGUCGGAUGUGACAGAAACAUUACUGGAAAACAACAACAACUGGUGACUGAAUUUGGAUACGUUUGGAAAUCGAGGAAAUAUGAGACUACAGGCCAUACUUUGUCUCUUUCUGCAGCUCCUUUUUGAGCUAUCAUCAUGCACACAUCUCACUGUGAUGCCUGGUUCAACUCUGGAGCUGCCCUGUCUCUCAAUUCAGACUGAAUUCACUGAUGCAGCCAUAACCUGGGAAUUCAAUGGCAAAGAAAUAAAUGCCCAGUCGUCAAACUCAGUUACACUUAAAAAGGAUGGCCUGUAUCUCGCUAUAUCCCCUGUUACUGCGGCUGAGGCGGGCGAGUAUGUGUGUUUGGCAAAGGCGUCAGAUGUCGAGAUUAUAAGGAGAUACUCUAUUACAGUUGUUGCAACAAUUGUCUACACCAUAAAGACAAAAGUAGGCUCCAACGUUCACCUCCCAUGCCAUUUCCCACCUUCCAGCCAAGUCUCGGCCAAUGCACUUUGGUACAAAGAGAUGGGUGCUGGCAUGGUGACAAGGCUGACUCUUGGAGACAGUUCAACAGGUGAUGAUGCAAAAGUUGAACAGCUUUAUCCAAUGGACCAUGAUCAAUCCAUCAUACUCAGACACACUGCGAUGGAGGAUGCUGGAACUUACCAUUGUCAAUCUGCUGAGGGGGACAAGCUGAGCACUGUAAACAUCAUUGUUGAAGUUCCUCCUACGACUACUCCUUUCUCAUGCAACAGCUUCACUGAAGCAUGGGAGCCCUGCCUGGAUGAAAACAGUCGCACAGGGGAACCAAUGUUGCAGGAAUCCAUUACAGAGUUUUCCAUGAAGCUGUAUUCUUACCUCAAAGAAGCUCAACCCUCAAGCAACUUGCUCUUCUCUCCCAUCAGUAUCAGCGGGAUACUAUCCCAUUUGUUGUUAGGUGCAAGGGGAGACACGCGCAGAGCCAUUGAAAGGGCUGUCUGUGUGCCUCACGACUUCCACUGUGUUCACUUCCAGUUGAAGAAGCUGAAAGAGAAGUUGGCCAGCUCCUUGCAGAUGGCUUCUCAGAUCUACUACAACCCACAAAUGAAUCUGACUGAGUCCUUUACUAACCAGUCCAUCCAGUUCUAUGAAGCGGAGCCCGUGAAGCUGCUGGAGUCCAGCAAAGAAAACACAGAUAUGAUCAAUAACUGGGUGGCAAAUAAAACCAACAAUAAAAUCAAUCAUCUGGUCGACUCGGUCUCACCCAGUACACAGCUGAUAAUGCUUGACGCUGUCUCCUUUAGUGGUCAGUGGAAGUUCAAGUUUGAGCUGAAGCCCAAGAAAGGAUUUUUCUCAAAACUGGAUGGUGAUCUGGUGAGGGUGCCACUCCUCCAUCACCAAAAUUACAAGGUGGUAACGACGCACGUCGUUGAGCUGAAGGCACAGGUGGCGAGGUUUGCUCUCACGGGUGACAGCAGCCUUUACAUUCUGCUGCCUCCCUCCAACACGGUGUCUGACCUGCAGCAUUUGGAGGCGAGGAUGACGGACACGGCUGUGCAUCAGAUGAUAGAAGAUUUGAAAACGCUCUCUCCUCAGCCUGUCGAAGUCACUCUGCCCCAAAUCAAGCUGGAUGUGCAGCCGGACAUGCACAUGCUUAUGAAGAAAUUAGGACUGUUAUCGCUCUUCGAGGGUGCUAACCUGUGCGGCCUCUACUCUGAAGACAUGCUGGUUUUGGACGAUGUCAGACACAGAGCUUUCCUCGCGCUGACCACACAGGGAGUUGAGGCCGGAGCGGUCACCUCUGCUGCAUUCUCCCGCUCCUUCCCUUCCUUCUCUGCCCUGCGGCCUUUUGUCAUGCUGCUUUGGAGUGACCAGGCCAACGUGCCGCUCUUCAUUGGCAGGGUGACCGACCCUUGAGAGAAGUUGGAGGGAGCGGAAUCAGGGGCAAAUGAGCAGGAAGCCAUUUGAUUAUCUCGCUUUGCUUCUUCUGAAAAUUCAAACUCGACAUAACUCUAAAUGAAUUCAGUUUCAGUAGUGCUUCAAGUAGUUACUCAAGUGAGCAGUGACCCUCACACAAAAACAUAUAUAAAGCCCUGCGCGUGUCUCAUUUUAAGGGACGACGAAUAAACGUGAUCACAAAACA